AUGCAGCGUGCUUUCUCUGCCCGUCUCUCUGCCGCUGCGAAGCGUGCCCCCAUUGCCAGAUCUUCCGGUUUCAACCUCCAGCAGCAAAGAUUUGCUCACAAGGACCUGAAGUUCGGUGUUGAAGCUCGUGCUCAACUCCUCAAGGGUGUUGAUACUCUUGCCAAGGCUGUCACUUCGACUCUUGGUCCCAAGGGUCGCAAUGUCCUGAUUGAGUCGCCCUACGGCUCGCCCAAGAUCACCAAGGAUGGUGUGACUGUUGCCAAGGCUAUCCAGCUCCAGGACAAGUACGAGAACCUCGGUGCUCGUCUCCUCCAGGAUGUCGCUUCCAAGACCAACGAACUCGCUGGUGACGGUACCACCACCGCUACCGUCCUUGCUCGUGCUAUCUUCUCCGAGACUGUCAAGAACGUUGCCGCUGGCUGCAACCCCAUGGACCUGCGCCGCGGUAUCCAGGCUGCUGUUGACGCCGUUGUCGACUACCUCCAGCAGAACAAGCGUGACAUCACCACCGGCGAGGAGAUCGCUCAGGUCGCUACCAUUUCCGCCAACGGUGAUACUCACGUCGGCAAGCUGAUCUCCACCGCUAUGGAGAAGGUCGGCAAGGAGGGUGUCAUCACCGUCAAGGAGGGCAAGACUCUUGAGGACGAGCUCGAGGUUACUGAGGGUAUGCGCUUCGACCGUGGAUAUACCUCGCCCUACUUCAUCACCGACGCGAAGGCCCAGAAGGUCGAGUUCGAGAAGCCCCUCAUCCUGCUCUCCGAGAAGAAGAUCUCCGCUGUUCAGGACAUCAUCCCCGCCCUCGAGGCCUCCACCACCCUCCGUCGCCCUCUCGUCAUCAUCGCUGAGGACAUUGAGGGUGAGGCUCUCGCUGUCUGCAUCUUGAACAAGCUCCGUGGUCAGCUCCAGGUUGCUGCCGUCAAGGCCCCUGGCUUCGGUGACAACCGCAAGAGCAUCCUUGGUGACCUUGGUGUCCUCACAAACGGUACCGUCUUCACCGAUGAGCUUGACCUCAAGCUUGAGAAGCUUACCCCUGACAUGCUCGGUUCCACCGGCUCCAUCACCAUCACCAAGGAGGAUACUAUCAUCCUGAACGGUGAGGGUAGCAAGGACAGCCUUGCUCAGCGCUGCGAGCAGAUCCGUGGUGUCAUGGCUGACCCUACUACAUCUGAGUACGAGAAGGAGAAGCUCCAGGAGCGUCUUGCUAAGCUCUCUGGUGGUGUCGCCGUCAUCAAGGUUGGCGGUGCCUCCGAGGUCGAGGUCGGUGAGAAGAAGGACCGUGUCGUUGACGCCCUCAACGCUACCCGCGCUGCCGUCGAGGGUGGUAUUCUCCCCGGUGGUGGUACUGCCCUCCUCAAGGCCUCCGCCAAUGGCCUUGAGAAGGUCAACACUGCCAACUUCGACCAACAGCUCGGUGUCAGCAUCAUCAAGAACGCCAUCACCCGCCCCGCUCGCACCAUUGUCGAGAACGCCGGUCUGGAGGGUAGCGUCAUUGUCGGCAAGCUUACCGACGACUACGCCAAGGACUUCAACCGUGGAUUCGACAGCUCCAAGGGCGAGUAUGUCGACCUCAUCGCUGCUGGUAUCGUCGACCCUCUCAAGGUCGUCCGCACCGCUCUUGUUGAUGCCAGUGGUGUUGCCUCGCUGCUCGGUACCACCGAGGUCGCUAUCGUUGAGGCCCCUGAGGAGAAGGGCCCUGCUGCCCCUGCCGGUGGCAUGGGCGGUAUGGGCGGUAUGGGUGGCAUGGGCGGCGGCAUGUUCUAA